CUUCUGGUGAGAUGGUGAGCAUUUCUGUUAGCUCUCCACUGAUUUGGCUUAAGGCUCUGGCUUCAAUUUCUUAUGGGUUUGAAGCUUGGAGGGACAAUGGCAGCGCGGUGAGUCCCAUUUUCGUCAAUUGCAAUAACAGCAGUUGAUUUUGAUGAUAUCAGCUGAAUUGAAAUUAUCAGUUGACCUAGGGAUUGCCUGCUCAACUGAGUUCUGGAUGGAGAAGAAGCUGGCGCAGGUCUGUUAUGUCUUAGGUUAUUUUCAUGGAGAAAUCGAAAGCAAAAUGAGCAGCUUGAGUAACAUGGCACUUGAAAAAGAGAUCCUGGACCAUUCCAAUCUAGCAAUGUCAGAGGAGACAAAGAGGGUAAGAAAUGUUGAUGAUGAAGUUACUGAUGGAUGUGAACUCUUGGUGGAAGUUGUUUGCAGAAUUUCGACAAAGGAAAAAUCAGAAUUGUUACCUGAAGUUGAUGCUCUUUCAUUGAGCAGCUUUUGGAAAGACUUUGAGCUAAAUUCAUCACUCCAGGAGCAGAUUGCAGGCAUUGUGGCUUGAAGUCAGCAGUUGUAGGGAUCCAAGUUGAUACUGCUUCCAUCUCCAACGAACCAACAGGAAAUCAUGAAUUAGUGGUAAUGGGUCAAAACACAGCACAAGUAGUUGAGGAGUUUAAAGUAGGUGUGAUUCUUGAUCUGAAUUUUACUAUGGCAAAGGUGUGGUUGACUUCCAUGAACAUGGCUCUCUCUGACUUUUAUGCAACUACUCCUCAUAAGAGAAGGCUGGUUUUCCAUGUAAGGGAUUCUAACAGAGAUGUCCUUGAUGCAUCCUCUGCUGCUAUAGAUUUGAUAAAGAAUGUUGAAGUCCAAGCGAUCAUAGGUCCCAUGGCAUCAGCACAAGCUAUUCACAUGGUUCCUGUUGGAAGUCGAUCUCAAGUUCCGAUUAUUUCUUUCAGUGCAACAAGUCCUUCUAUUUCUCUUUCUCAAAAUCCUUAUUUCAUUCGUACAACACUAGAAGAUUCAGCUCAAGUAAAUGCCAUUGCUGCUGUUGUGAAGGCUUUUGGAUGGAGAAGAGUUGUACCUCUUUAUGAAGACACCGAAUAUGGACAUGGAAUCAUUCCAUAUUUAGUUGACGCUCUUCAAAGUGUCAAUACCAGAGUUCCGUAUAGGAGUGUAUUCCCUGUUUCAGCUUCUGACGAUCAAAUUCUUCAAGAACUUCAUAACUUAAAGACAAUGCAAACAAGGGUAUUCAUUCUGCAUAUGGUCUUGCACUAGGAUUACGUAUUUUCGAGAAAGCUAAAGAGAUUGGUAUGAUGAGCAAAGGGUACUCAUGGUUUAUUACCGAAGGCUUAGGCUCUCAUUUGAGUUCAUUCAACUCUUCGGCUAUUGAUACAAUGCAAGGAGUGAUAGCUAUAAGGCCAUAUAUUCCUAUGUCCAAAGAGCUUAGCUCAUUUGAAGUGCAAUGGAAAAGAAAGUUUCAGAAAGAGAACCCAGAUAUUGACUGGAAUUUGGAUAUUUUAGGUAUAUGGGCAUAUGAUACAGUUUCGGCCUUGGCAAGUGCAGUUGAGAAACUUUUAAGCACCAGUCCUCGGUUCAGUAAGCAAAAAACAACUUUGAACACAAGUGAUGUUACAAGAUUAGGUGUUUCUCAAAUAGGUCCUGAAAUUUUGCAAGGAAUUUCCAGCAUCAACUUUAAAGGCCUGAGCGGGGAAUUUCAUGUCGUCGAUAGGCAACUGCAAUCCAAAAUCUUUCAAAUACUCAAUGUUGUAGGAAGUGGGGCUAGAGAAAUUGGAAUUUGGACACCUUCAGAUGGAAUCAUAAGGGAUAUAAGCUUAGUUGAGACUACUAAAAGCACAUACUUGACAUCAAAUAAAGACCGUUUACGCCCUAUCAUAUGGCCUGGAGAUACUACGGACAUUCCUAAAGGUUGGGUAACUCCAACUAAUGAGAAUAGGUUAAGAAUAGGGGUUCCAGUAAAACAAAGUUUUAAUGAAUUUGUCAAGGUAGAAAAUAAUUCUGGUAGUUAUUCGGGAUAUGAUGUCACUGGUUAUUGCGUAGAGGUGUUUAAAGCUGCAAUAGAUGAGCUGCCAUAUGCUGUUCUCUAUGAUCUCAUUCCUUUUCAGGAUAGCACAGGCAAAGCUGGAAGUUACGAUGAUCUUGUGUACCAAGUGAAUGCUCAGAAAUAUGAUGCCGCAGUUGGGGAUAUUACUAUUACAGCCAGUCGAUCAGAGUUAGUUGAUUUUACGUUGCCCUAUGCAGAAGGAGGGGUGUCAAUGGUUGUGUUAGUGAAAAAAGAUAUGAGCAAGGAUACAUGGAUAUUCCUCAAGCCAUUGGAGUGGAAGCUCUGGGUAACAACUGGGGCUUUCUUUUUUAUCAUUGGUGCUGUAAUUUGGAUUCUCGAACACAGAGUAAAUAGGGAGUUCAGAGGAGGGCCUCAUCCUUUGUAUCAGUGGGGUAUCAUGCUUUCUUUCUCCUUCUCAACGCUCGUCUUCGCCCAGAAGGAAAGAGUUCUAAGCUCUUUGGGUAGAUUUGUAAUUGCAAUAUGGCUUUUUGUUGUGCUAAUUAUCACACGAAGUUAUACAGCAAAUUUGACAUCCAUGUUAACGAUUCAACGAUCUGAUCCAACCUAUACUGAUGCUAUAGAACUUAGGGAUCGUCGGUACAAUGUUGGUUAUCAGGAAGGUUCGUUUGUGUUUGGAAUCUUAAAAGGGAUGGGUUUUCAUGAGUCCAAUCUUAUAAUUUUCAAGUCUCCUAAAGAUUUUGACGAUGCUUUUUCGAAUGGGACAAUUGUUGCUGCUUUUGAGGAGCUCCCGUACAUUGAACUCCUCCUUGCAGAAUAUUGCAGUAAGUACAUGACGGUCGGAGAAAUCUAUCAAUAUGAUGGACUUGGUUUUGUUUUCCCAAAAGGUUCUCCCUUGGGUCCUGAUAUUUCAAGAAAAAUCUUGAGCAUAAGAGAGGAAGGUAAAACGAAAAAUCUUAAACGAGCUUCGUUUAAGACCCAAAGAUCUUGUUCAGACAGGGACCCCUUUGCUUCAUCAAAUAGUCUUACUCUCAGUAGCUUUUGGGUCCUUUUCCUGAUAACAGGACUCUGUGCAGCAUUCGCAGUAAUUGUCUACUUAAUUGUUUUCUUAUGCGAAAACAAACAAAUCCUGAACGAGCCGAAUUCUACAACCUGGGAAAAAAAUCAUCAAUUUUCUCACAAAGUUCUACGAAUAUGACGAGAACCGGAUGAUCACAUAUUUCGAAUGCGAUCCUGCGUGCAGUGAGCGAAACAAAGCCGCCGUCAAUGGAGAUCAGCAUGCAGCAGAAACUCUAGAUUUCGGUGAUUCACCUCCACAGAUUGAGAAUUCUCCAUCAAUAAUGGGUUACGGAGACGUCACCCCACAGAAUGGCAACUUUAAUACAGCAAGAAGAAACUCUACAACAUUGAAUGCUGAUGACGAUAUAGAUAUUGGAUAUUUUACACCUACAUCAGAAGGUGAUAGUACAGAAUUUGGAAAUUCUACGCCAGGAGAUAACGAUUCCGUGUCAGGCGUUAGAAACUCAACUUUACACAUUUUAAUGACACAGCAAGUUCAUAGGGAUUUUGAGGAACAUUAAUCUUUAGAUUUUAUACCUAUCUGUACAGAGUUUGGAUUUAAUAUUAAUUCUUCGGAAUCGUUUAUGUCGAAAAUGUCUGUAGAUUUAUUGGUUUCAGAUGUGCAGUAUAAUUUUUUUAAUUGUUGAAUUUCAUAGUUCAUCGAAAUUAUUAUUAUCUUAACUUUUCUAA